GUCAGGUGACUCUAUCGUGACGUUUAACAUAAAAUUAUUUUUGUUGUAUUAUUUAAUAACAUUCAAACAGUUGUUUCAUUUUGUGUCGAAGUAAAUAUUAAUAAACUGUGAAUUGAUUAGUGAAAUAAUUUCAAAUGAAGAUUUUAUUAUCAAUAAUAUGUGCUUUAUGCACAUUUAUAUACGUUCAAAAUGUAUCGUCGUCAGCAUUACUUGGAGCUAAAGAAUGUACAUGGGGACCUUCUUACUGGUGUAAAAAUUUAACGAACGCUCAUAAUUGUGGGGCGGUUUCACAUUGUAUUCAAACCGUGUGGGAACACCAAAAUGAAAAAGGUGACAAUGAUAGCGUUUGCAAAAUCUGUAAAGAUAUGGUAAAGGAAGCACGUGAUCAAUUGGAGAGUAAUGAAACUCAGGAAGAGCUAAAAGAAGUAUUUGAAGGAUCAUGUAAAUUGAUUCCAAUUAAAGUGAUCAAUCAAGAAUGUAUUAAAUUAGCCGAUGAUUUUAUUCCGGAUCUUGUUGAAACAUUAGCAUCACAAAUGAAUCCAGAAGUUGUAUGCUCCGUUGCUGGAUUAUGUAACAACGAACGAUAUGAUAAAUUAAUAGCUGAAGAAGAAGCAAAACAUCCAAAACCAGCAAGUUUAGCCGAUGAUAUUCAUGUUAACGAUUGCAGUGGUUGUUAUACAGUUAUGGAUAAAAUUGAAGCGAAAUUUUCGAACUUAAAUGAAAAUGAUUUCUUAAAUGAAUUAUUAAUGGUUUGCGGAAACAUGGGUAGCUUCUCAGACGCUUGUGCCAACAUUAUGGUCAAAUAUUUUGAUGAAAUAUACGGUACAUUGAAACGUGACCUUAAUUCGAAAUCAGUAUGUCAUAUUUCUGGUAUGUGUAGUGCCAAAUUCCACCAACAUCCAGAAUUGGACUCUGCCGUUGAAAUUAUUCCACAUGGUUCCACCGGACUUCGCCCUGUAGAUGAUGAUUUACCAUGCGAUCUAUGUUCCCAACUUGUUGGUCAUUUACGUGAUUUAUUAAUUGCAAACACCACUGAAAGUGAAUUCCAACAAGUACUCGAAGGUUUAUGCAAACAAACGAAUUCAUUUAAAGCCGAAUGUUUGAAUAUUGUUGAUGAAUAUUAUCCACGAAUCUAUUACGUUCUAGUAAAUGAAUUAAAACCACAAGAAGUGUGUGUUAUGGCUGGUUUAUGUCCUAGACCCAAAGGACUUGACGCAGAAGUACCAAUUUGGCCACUUUUACAAGACGAUACAAUCAAAAAUUCAAAGAUUGUAACAAAGGUUUUAGAAUCACAAAACAAUAAAGAAUUAAUUGGAAACGACGAAGCGAAUAGUUAUGGAAAUAACGAAAGAUUAUUAACAGACGAUGAAAUUCAAAGUGCUCAAUUACCAAUUGAUCGUAUUUUACCAGGGAGUUUAUUAGGCGCACAAAGUUCUCAAGUUUGCUCAUUAUGUGAAUAUGCGCUUCAUUAUAUACAAACCGAGUUGAGUGAUUCAAGAACUGAGGAUGAAAUAAAACAUGUCGUUGAAUCAAUGUGUGAUAAAUUACCACGAUCCGUAAAUAAAGAAUGUGAUGGUUUUGUUGAAACAUAUGGAGAUGCUGUUAUUGCAAUUCUUGCCCAAGAAAUUGAUCCAUCACAAGUAUGUCCAAUGUUGAGUUUAUGUCCUAAGCAAGAUACCAAAGACAUUGAAAUUUUAAUUCAAUCCAAUGCAAACGGUCAACGUGGUAAAUCUAAUUGUCCAUUGUGUUUGUUUGCUGUUAAACAACUUGAAGAUAUGGUUAAAGAUCAGAAAACUGAAGCCAGUAUUGAACAUGCAUUGGACACAUUAUGUGAAACAUUACCAAAAGAUUUAUCAAAAGAAUGUGAUGAUUUCGUUGCCACAUACAGUCAUGAAUUAAUUGAAAUGUUAAUUGCUGAUUUAGAGCCACAAGAAGUUUGUGUUUAUUUGAAAUUAUGUGAUCCAAAAGAUUCUGAUAUUGUACCACCACGUACUCCAAUCAUCACAUUUAAUGAUAUCAACAACGGCGGUGAUAUUUUGACAAAUGAAAUACCUGACAUGACUGUAGGUGGUCAAGUAAUUCCAACACAUAAGAAGCGAGCCAACGUUGAAGGUGGUGGAUGUGUGCUAUGUAAAAUGGUCGUUGAUGAAGCUCUCAAAGCAUUGAAUGGAUCAGUCAAUCCUGAUGACAUAAAACAUGUUUUCCAUGAAGUCUGCAGUGUAUUCUCAAGCCCUGAUGAAUGUAAUAAGUUUGUUACAACCUACAUCGAUAAUAUGAUUGAUUUAAUUGCAAAACAUGUUGAUGCCGCCGACAUUUGUAGUUUACUCCCCGUCUGUACUGAAGAAGCAAUUCAAAUAAAAUCUCAUGUUACCGAUUGCGUUAUUUGCGAAGAAGUUGUAUUUAGCAUACAUAUGAUGUUGAAAAAUCCACAUGUAGAUCAUGAUAUUGAGCAUUUAUUAAAGAAAGCAUGCUCUGUUUUACCCGAAACCAGAUUACAACAGUGUUCAAAUUUAAUGGACAUUUAUGGAAAAAUGAUCAUCGAUUUAUUAGAACGUGAAACAAAUAGCCGAACAGUAUGCAAAAAAUUAGCUAUUUGUGGUGCUAAUCCAUUUUAUGCUGAAAAACAUGUUACCGUUAAAAGGCAAGCAAAAGAAGAGUUACUUGGAGCAAAAAAAUGUACAUGGGGUCCCGGUUAUUGGUGUGAUACGUUAGAAAAGGCAAAUGAAUGUAAUGCAUUAGAACAUUGUCGAACCAAAGUAUGGAAAAGUGAUUCACCACCAAUAAAAAGCAAAUAAAUAUUAUUUAUGAUAGUUUGGAAAAAUUCAAAAAAAAAAAAAUCAUGAACAAUAUUUUAAAUAAUUAAAAAUAUAUUAAAUAAAUAAUAAGAAUAAAUAAAAAUAAAAAAAGAAUAAAAAAAUAAAACACCAAAAAUAAAUAAAAUACGCUAGUUUUACCUUGUAAUAUUUUUUUGUAAUACAUUAUUGCUGAGCUUAAGCUAAGAGAAGUGAGAAAAGAUCUUAAUAACAUUUUGUGUUUGUUAUUUGAAAUUUCAAUAAAAAUGAAAAAUUAAUUUUUUUA